AUGGGUGAUAAGCCUGGCGCGAAACCUGGGGCGCCAGCACCAAAGCCCAUGAUGCCCAAAUACAUGAACUUCAUCAUAGGUGGAGCUAGCGGGAUGUUGGCAAUUUGUGUAGUGCAGCCUGCCGAUUUGUUGAAGACCCGUAUGCAGCUACUGGGUAAAAAGGGGAAGGAAAUGGGCUUGGCGAAUGUUGCCAAGUCUAUCAUUAAGCACGAGGGCAUUUUCGGUUUCUACGUGGGCUUAUCAGCUGCCCUUCUCCGACAAGCUACUUAUGGCACGGGCAGGCUUGGUGCUUUCAAUGCGUUGUUCGAUUUACACAAAGCUCACUACGGUCCCCCCUCGUUCCCCAAGAAGAUUAUUUUGGGAAUGGGCGCCGGAGCCUUUGGCGCGUACAUCGGCACGCCGGCUGAAGUGGCACUGAUCCGCAUGACGGCUGACGGCAGACUGCCGCCAGAGAAGAAGAGGAACUAUAAGAACGUCUUCAACGCCUUAGCCAGAAUAACGCGCGAAGAAGGAAUAACGACACUGUGGAGAGGCGCCAGCGCCACUGUCAGCAGAGCUAUGGUCGUAAACGGCGCCCAACUGGGUACCUAUUCACAGGCUCGAGAAGUACUGAUGUCAUAUAUGGGCGACGGCUUACCACUUCACGCGGUGUGCGCGAUGAUCGCUGGGUUCAUCACCACUGUUGCCUCGCUUCCUGUCGACAUCGUCAAGACCAGAGUACAAAAUUCAGAAACAGGCGCGGGCCAAAUGGAAGUACUGAGGAACGUCAUCAAGAACGAGGGUAUCAUCACCUUGUGGAGCGGCUUGCUGCCAACUUACGCCAAGAUAGGACCCAUGACCAUCCUUAUAUUUGUAUUCCUUGAACAGCUUAACAAACUGUACUUCACAUUAACGGCUCCGCCUCCGCCGAAGUAAUUCAACCAGGAGCUCGUAUAAGUUCAAGUGAAUUGAAAUAAUAAAAAGGGCAAAACGGGGAUCACGCAAAAAAAAAACGAAAAAUUUUAUAAAAUUAAAAAAGCGGAUUGUUAGGUGCUGCGCUAACAAUUUUAAUGGGAAUAAGAAACUAAAAAAAUAUAGGAAAAAGUGUUUUCCCGUUUGUCCUCGUGAAAUGGGCUCCUUAAUGGUGAGAGUUGAGCAAAGUGAAAGUCUCUGUACAUCCAAUAAAACAGUAACAUUAUCUCGGUACUACUUGUUUUAGUAAAGAGGCCGUGAUGGAAACUCAAAGAAAAUUAGUUUCUUUCAAUAUGGCGGUACAAAACAGGUACAUCUAUAGGUCAUGUUGCUGUCCAUCACACAUUUCGUGCGACAUAAGCCACUAUUUCUGUAUUACCGGGUACCAAAACUUGCAUUUUUCAGGAAAUAACCAGCUUCAUAACAGUCGUAUUUUUUUCUCGGAGUGAUAAUAUUAAAAAUUAGCAAACAUGGAAAGAGUGCUAUGAAAAAAGUAAAAUCACUUCAUCAAUUUAAUGUUACAGGUUGAUUCCUUUUUCAACUAGCUAAGUAUAUAAAUGACAUUUUUAAGAUCCGUUUUUUAACGCGAUACGAUUUUAAUUAAUUACAAUCGUAAAUGUGAAACUUGUAGUUUUGGUUCCCAUAACCGGUGAAAUGUUAUUUUUUUAAGCUACCUACAAUCUUCACCCAUUAAGUCCAAUAUACAUAGUUUUUAUUUAUUAUCCAUUACGACUUUAUUAUCCAUAACUUUUGUCUUUCUACGCAUGUACUUAUUUUAAGAUUUUUUUUUAUUUGUUACUAGCCAAUUUUUACAUAUUAUGUAACACUGAAAUAGAUGUUUAUGUCACAAUUGAGCGUCUUUUGGUAAUAAAGUAAACUUGUUUGGAUAGUAAAAAA